AGAAACAAAGGAAAGAAGAGAUUGCUUCAUAGAGACUCUUGGCGACGUGUGGAAAAUAAAGUCAAACGAAACAGUGGGGAUAGCUACAAGGGUUGUUCUGGUAAGACAGUUCCUAAAAAAUUUUUCAAAUUUAUCAAUGAAUGCUGUAGGAAAAAGUGUUUUUCGUUAUUCCCAGAUGAACAGCAAGAAUGGUUGUUUAGUUCGUUUUGGAAACUAGGAGACAAAAUAGUUCAAGAUACUUAUCUUUAUGGUUGCAUUGAGAAAAAAGAAAUAAUGUUAAAGAAGAGUAAUCCCAUUGGAAAGAACAGAGGGUAUUCAUGGCGGUAUCACCUACAAAAUGGCAUUGAUAGGAAAGAUGUCUGCAAAGCUUUUGUUCUUAAAGUGCUACAGGUGUCCGAAUCACGAAUGAAAACUGUUCUACGUGCUUGUUCUUCAGGGAAUCCGGUAUUUAAGGAAAAUAGAGGAAAGCAUACUGAAUGUCCAAACAAAUUAUCUCGUGAUGUGUGGACUAAAGUAGAAGAACAUUGGGCCAAAUUUCCAAGCAAGCAAUCACAUUAUAGCAGGGGCCACACAGAACGCAAGUAUUUUGAGAAUCCUGAUUUAAAUGUGAAGAAAAUGUUAAUUGCCUUCCAGCAAUACUAUUUUGAUAGUACAGGUAAGACACUUACUAUGAAAUACUCCACAUAUCACAGAUACUUCAGAGAAAAUAGUCCAUAUUGUUUUAGACAGCCAAGGACCGACGUGUAUGACUUUUGUACUGAAUCUAAAACUCUGUUGGAUAUUAAUCCGAAUGAUCCGCGUAAAACCACAUAUAGGUUACAUUUAGCCAAGGUUGAAAAAUACAAAACCUUAAAACAAGAGUACUUAGCAAAAGUAAAAAGCAAUACAAUGCAAGAUGACACAUUAGUAAUAGAGUUUGACUAUGGACAAAAUCUACCAAUCCCUAAACUUAAUGUUACAUCCCAAUUCUACAAAAGGUUAUUGUGGUUGAAUGUGUUCAACGUUCACUGCCAUAAUGAUUCAGCCAGUACCUUUUAUUGUUUUCCAGAGUGUGACGCAAAGAAAAAUGCCAACUCAGUUUGUAGCUUUGUCUACCACUUCACCUGUGAAAAAAUGAAAUCUUACAAAAAUAUUAAGAAUAUAAUAUUUUUAUCGGAUGCUGCAGGAGGCCAGAAUAAAAAUAUUACUGUUUUGAGAUUUUGUUCUUGGUUGUCCCAAAUAACCAAAGUGAAAGUAACUCACAUGUUUCCUGUACGCGGACACUCGUAUUGCCAGUGCGAUCGGAAUUUUGGACUUUAUGGCACACUUUUAAAGAGACUGGAAAGUAUUGAAACAGUAGAGGAUUAUCUAACGAUCAUAAAGUCUGCUCGAAAUAGCCCGUCACCUUUUCAGGUUCUCAUGGCUGCACAUCUUGUUGAAGACUGGUCGACAGCGUUAGAGCCUUUGUUUCACAAAGUUCCGAAAUCAAAACGUAGCAAAUUUUCAAUACAGAAGUAUGUGAUCCUUACCUUUCCUACUACAGGGGCACUGGCAGUAUCGGCUUCCUACAAUGCUAUUUUUGAGCCGUUCAUUUUCUCAGUCGGUUUUGGUAUGAAGUCAAAAGAAGAGCUUUACCUCAAAAAACCGGCACGCCCUGGUUUGAAGGAGUCCAAGAAAAAUGAUGUUCUUUCUCUCUUGAAAUUCUUGAAACCAGAAAAUGCUGAAAGCCUCAAAGGUCUACUAGAGUACACGACUGUGCCGGAAGAAGACAUAGGAAGUGAAAGUGAAAAAAUUGUGAAAGAAAGGGACAACAGGAAAUUGGAAACGACCCCGACUGCACUCAGUUCUGAGGCACUCGAAGUUAAUAAGCUUGUGGCAGAGCUGUAUGGCAUCUGCUCUGACCGCGAGCGAGUGACCAGUGGGGCCGCGCGCGAGAUCGGGGCGAGGGUCCGCCAAAGGCAGAAUGCGAUCGACCGGCUUGUACACGCGAAUCUGCUUCUCGCCGGUGCAGUGAGUGCUACGGGCAAAGUUGGAGCGGGCGACCGGAAACGGUCGUACGUUGGUGUGGCCAGUGGCAGCCCGGCCACUGAGGUCCAGGCAGCGGCUGGUCCCGUGCAGAUCAGGCCUGCGCGGAAAGUAAUGGUUGUGUACCCUGUCGAUGAGAUUGCCCCGUCCAAAGACACGCAGCAGGCCGUUAAAAGUGGACUCGCCCAAGUCGAGAAGGAUAUCAAAAUCAAGGGGAUGCGCGCCAUGGCACGUGGGGGCAUAGUGGUCGAGGCAGCCGAUGACGCCACGAUGAUCGCCCUCCGUACGCAGCUUGCUGCGCAAGCAGACAAGAUCAGGGUGCACGAGCCCAAGCACCUCAUGCCAGAGGUGCUGCUGUACGACGUGCCCCGAGACAUGGCCACCCCCGAGAUUGGCAAACACAUCCAUGGGAAGAAUUUCCUAGAGAAGACCAUCCCACAGGCAGAAUUUUGUAAAGAUCUGAGGAUCAAGCGCCAGAUGGGAAGCAGUGCAAAGGAGCACGAUCAUGCGGCCUCCUCGCGGGACUGCCCUGUCUUGGCCAACGCGAUAACGAUGGAGGCCUCUCGUAUUGAUUAUGGUGCAGCUGACACGGCCGACUUUGAUAUGGACGAGUUGAGGGCCGCACUGUGGAGUCAAAAGAACAGGAAGGCCCCAGGAAUCGAUGGAAUCACAGCCGAGAUCCUGAAGCGGGCCAGUACUCAGCUACUUCCGCCCCUGCUUGAUCUGGCAAACAAGUGCCUAGCUGAUGGGCAGUUCCCGGAUUGCUGGAAAGUUGGAGAUAUUCGGGUCCUGUACAAAGGUGGAGAGGUGGACCUGUCCACCUCUGCAUACUCCCGGGACCGGAUGAACCCUGACGAGAAGCGCAUGGUCUUCCGUAAGCCUAGUUCAAGCAAGCGGAUGCUCAAAGACCACCAACUGACACGAGGGAAGGAGCACACAAAAGCUCCGGCUCGCCCCCCUACCCAAUCGGAAGUCGAGACGUCAGCAGGCAGUGAGGACUCGGAGCAACCAAAUAGGUCUCACGGAGGAAGAUGGUGCCGGUGGGUAAACAGCCAUGGAAAGAGGCAACCCAAAGAAUCGGAGCGAGAUGCAGAAAUGGAAAAGGGCUUGCACAAGGAGUCGGCCCAGGGACAGGCCACAGAUGCUCUGCCAGGCCCCUCCGGGGAAAACCCCCCUGUAGUGCAGAUGGUUCAGAGCCCUUGCACGCCCCAGAAACAUCUCCUGCCCAGGAACAGGCAAAGCAUAGAAAGUUGGAGAAGACCCCAUCUGCGCUGA